UUAAACGUUUCAAACGCCGGAAACUUCAUCACUCAUCGCUCACUUUAGAGAUAGAGAGAGAGAGAGAGAGAGAGAGCACAAUCAUUGGAAGAAGCAAGAAAAGAUUGAAAAUGGAUAAAACGAAGAUACCGAGAAGAUUGGAAGGUAAAGUAGCGAUUGUGACGGCUUCGACGCAAGGGAUUGGUUUCGGAAUCAUUGAGCGUUUUGGUCUCGAAGGCGCUUCCGUCGUCGUCUCUUCCCGCAAACAGGCAAAUGUUGACGAGGCGGUUGAGAAACUCAAAUCCAAAGGGAUUGAUGCUUAUGGAAUCGUUUGUCAUGUUUCCAAUGCUCAACAUCGCCGUAAUCUUGUCGAAAAGACUGUUCAGAAAUAUGGGAAGAUAGAUAUCGUUGUCUGUAACGCUGCUGCCAAUCCAUCUACAGACCCGAUCUUGUCUACCAAAGAAGGUGUUCUCGACAAGCUAUGGGAAAUCAAUGUCAAAUCCUCUAUACUUCUCCUUCAGGACAUGGCUCCUCACCUAGAGAAGGGUUCUUCGGUUAUCUUCAUAACUUCCAUUGCUGGAUUUCAACCACAAGGAUCCAUGGCUAUGUAUGGGGUCACUAAGACUGCUCUUCUCGGCCUUGUGAAGGCACUUGCUGCUGAGAUGGGACCAGACACACGUGUGAACGCGGUUGCACCCGGUUUUGUUCCCACACACUUUGCUUCUUUCAUUACUGGAAACUCCGAAGUGAGGGAAAGUAUCGAAGAGAAGACUCUGCUUAACAGGUUGGGAACAACCGGAGACAUGGCUGGUGCGGCGGCUUUCUUAGCAUCAGAUGAUUCUUCUUACAUCACCGGAGAAACUUUGGUCGUUGCUGGAGGAAUGCCCUCAAGACUUUAAAUCAAUUAGAAACAGGGGAAAGAAAAAGGUAUAGGAUCUUUUAAAAAAGUUUAACGAAAAUAAAUUUUAAGAAAAAAAAGACGAGGAAGCUGUAAUAAAAAUAUGAGGCCAUUAACGGAUUCCUUUGUUGGUCUUGUAAAAUAUAAUUUCUUAAUGUCAUUAUGAAAAACUCAUUUGGUACACUC